GUUAAACUCUUCCGGGUUCUUCCUCUGCUGCGGCUGUAAACAAUAACAUGAAGUUGUGUCACUCCGUCGUAUAACAGAAACUCCGGGUUUGUUGCCAUGUUGUUUGUCCGGACCGCGGCUCUCAGCUGCAGAGCUCUGGCCGCUCUGCGCUGCCUGCCCGCCGGCUACACCGCCUCCAGAACCACCGCUACAUACAUCCAGGGCCAGAGCCCGGAACCGCGCAUCAGAGAGUACUUCUACUACAUUGACCACCAAGGACAGCUUUUCCUCGAUGACACCAAAGUGAAGAACUUUGUCACCUGCUUCAAAGACAAAAAGUUCCUGGUCUUCUUCUUCAGUCGACUGCGUUCCAAUCAGAGCGGCCGUUACGAGGAGGACUUCCCCUACUUGUCCCUGUGCGGCAGGGAGAGGAACUUCCUGCGCUGCGACGACCGUCCCGUGGUCUUCACCCACCUGCUGGGAGAUCAGGAGCUGCUGUCGUACUGCGGCGGGGCGGAGCAGCUGUCCGUCCCGUUCCUCCCAGAGGCGCUGUACAUGCAUCCCGUCAGCGGGCGGGUUUACCACCCCUGCUCAGAGCGAGGAGGCGGGGUCGGCCUGGUCAGGUCGGCCCUGGCCAUCGAGCUCAGCCCGUUCUUCGUUUACGCUGAGGGGGACGGCCAAUCGGGACAGCCCACGCACUUUCUCUGGGGGGGACAGAAGCACACGCUGACCAAUGAGCUCGCAGGAUGCUUCCCCACUGCGGCGGAGGGCGGCGAGCAGCAGGGAGAACCGGGAUAAUGACCACCACUGAACAGAUCCUGUGAUGUGUCUCACACUGGCAGUGAGGACAGACGAGUGCUUUAGAGUUGUUCCGAAGCCGAUGCCGGUAUUGGAAGCUCCUCUGACUGAAACGUUGUCUGUGCACCGACCCGAUAUCACGUAAUUUAUGAGCCCCGAAACAGGACCCUGCUACUUCCCAGCACUGUCCCUCACAGGCUUAGUAACCUACGGUUGUUAAUACGGAUCGGUACUCAGCCACGAUGAUACACUAAGUUUUGGUAUCAGGAAGGAAACAAUGGUAUCAGAUCAUCUCUACUCCUGUUUGAAGCCUGGGCCGAUGUGUCCUCCUGUCCUAAAGCAGUUGUUCCCAACUGUCUUGUCUACUUACGACCUCUCAUUACAAGUUGCACUUUAAACAAGGUUCUCCUUUAGAUUCCCUGGAUUGAUCUGAAUCAUAUUUAUGGUCCCGAAGAGGUGUAGCUAUAAAGUUUAUCACAAUAAAAAAGCAAAGAUUAGAGAAAAGUCUGAAAUGAUGAACACAUUACCAUCCUGACCACCAGGUUGCAAAGUGUAAACAUAAAGUGGUUGAGAGACAGUAGAGCCUGUUGCUCUAAACACACCGUGACUCAUUGUGAUCAGAUAAUCCAAACCCUGCCCGAGGAACUCUUUUGUAGUAUAAAUGCGUUCGAUUACCUGCAAAGAUAAGCAGCAGGUGUUUGUGAACACACUGUUUCAACUAAUAUCCCCAGACUCUUAAAGAAUCACACAGGUUUGAGAGUUACUGAGUGAGGAGAAACUUUAUACACUUUGUGAGACGCUGUCUGCUACAGAUUCUUUAUCAUUUAGGCCUUCUUGUAAAUUCGGCAAACGUUACACAUGAAGUCAUUUCUCUUCUCGUCUGUUGUCCCGGCGUGAUGGUGGAACCUCCUCUGCUGCCGUCCACCGUGAGGCUGAUUGAAUUCAUUGGUGGCACCGUGUCUGCAGGGUUUAAAGAUAACAUUCAGUCACUAAUCAGAUUCUUGAAAUCUUAACUGAAAGUAAGCAGAAGGUAAUUACAGCAGGUUGGUUUAAGAGGAGAGAGCAGUUACUGCAUAAUGAGUUGAGAUGUUUAUACAGGAAUAGAACUAGAUUAAUAAUACACGUUAUUGGUUCCUCCACUAGGGGUCACCAAAGCUUCACUGGGGGCUUCAUUCUUGUUUUUAAGGGGUGUAAGAAAACAGGAGGCCUUUAUCGUAACAUUUCAUUCAUUUUUUGUGAAGAAAACCGAAUUUAAAUUGUUGUUUUAAAGUCUGGAUAAUUAAAAUAUCCAUUCAGGGGUCGUCAGUUUACUCAGGAGAAAGGUUGGAAACCACUGAGAUAUAUCAUAUUUAUAGAAACACAACUAUAGUGUUUCCUUUACUAAAUACACAGAAGAGUGAAAUACAGAGUUCGGCCUUUCAAUAGUAAAAGGUAAAGUAAUUGAUAACUCUUUCUGGAAAACAAAAAACAAAACUCAUAACAAGAAUAUACUGAAUGUGAGAUUGUUCUUGAAUAAAAAAAUAUUCUGAA